CCACUGAAGCCAAGACACGUGAGACUGCUGUCCACUAAAAUGGGUCUGAAAGUCACGUGGGACCCACCCAAAGAUGCCACCGGUAGACCCGUGGAGCAUUACAACAUUGCCUAUGGGGAGUCACUGAAAAGUCUUAAGUACAUCAAGGUGAAUGCGGAGACAUGCUCCUUCCUUAUUGAGGAUGUGGAGCCGGGGGUAGUGUACUUUGUGCUGGUUACUGCAGAAAACCACAGUGGAGUGAGCCGUCCUGUUUACAGAGCUGAAAGCCCACCCGGAGGUGAAUGGAUCAAGAUUGAUGAUUUUCCCAUUAAGGGUCCAGGACCGUUUAAUGAGACCGGCACAGAAAAGGAAGUGCCCAACAAGCCCUUGCGCAUGCGUGUCCGGUCUUCCGACGACAAGCUGUCCGUGGCGUGGAAGGCACCCCGCCUGUCUGGAGCCAAGAGUCCACGCAGGUCACGAGGGUUUCUUCUGGGCUAUGGAGAAAGUGGCCGGAAGAUGAAUUACGUUCCACUCACCAGAGAUGAGCGGACACACGAGAUUAAAAAGCUAGCCUCAGAGUCGGUGUAUGUGGUCUCCCUGCAGUCCAUGAACUCCCAGGGGCAGAGCCAGCCAGUCUAUAGGGCUGCCCUCACGAAACGCAAGAUUUCAGAAGAGGAUGAACUGGAUGUACCCAAAGACAUCACUGUACGUGUUAUGUCCUCUCAGUCUGUGCUGGUGGCCUGGGUGGAUCCGAUUUUGGAAAAGCAGAAGAAAGCUGUUGCAUCCAGACAGUACACUGUGCGCUAUCGAGAAAAGGGGGAGUCAGCCAGGUGGGACUACAAGCAAAUCGCCCACCGACGCGUGUUGGUAGAAAACUUGAUUCCAGACACCGUGUAUGAGUUUGCAGUCCGUAUUUCACAGGGGGAAAGAGAUGGCAAGUGGAGCACCUCCGUCUUUCAAAGAACGCCAGAAUCUGCUCCCACAACAGCUCCUGAAAACUUGAACGUCUGGCCAGUCAGUGGCAAGCCUACAGUGGUCACGGCGUCCUGGGACCCACUGCCUGAGACAGAGGGCAGAGUGAAAGAAUACAUUCUUUCCUACGCCCCGGCUCUCAAACCAUUUGGAGCAAAGUCUCUCACCUACCCCGGACACACUACUUCUGCCCUGGUGGAUGGUCUGCAGCCUGGGGAACGCUAUCUGUUCAAAAUCCGGGCUACAAACAGGAGAGGUCCCGGGCCACACUCCAAAGCCUUCAUUGUCGCUAUUCCAACAACCAGUACCAGCAAGUCCGACGACCGGCAGGGCGGGGAUGACCGGCAGGGCGGGGACGACGCCCGGACGCGGGGGAGACCCCGGCCUUCGCCGCUUGCCCCCCGCGCCCCGGCCUCGGCGGAGCGCGCGCCUCCUCCCCCGGCCUCCACCGCAAGCAGGAGCGCCAAGGACGCCCUCCUCGACCUGAAGAACAGGAUCCUGGCCACCGGCGGCGGCGGGCCCAGGAAGCCCCAGCCUCAGCCCGAGAACACCCGGGAGGCGGGCCUUCAGUCCACGCACGUCACGGAGGCCGAGGAGCGGGAUUCCCUGGAGGACCCACGCCCGUACCCCUCGGAGACCCGAGACCAGCGGCGCACCCCGCGGCCCCCAGGCCGCCCCUGGGUCCCGGCUCGGCCUCCGGCCAGGGCCCGACCGCCAGUGCUGCCCCGAAAGGAAGGCGCGGGCACGCGGGGCUCCUCCGCGGCCUCCCCCUCGGCCGAGGCCCCUCGGGCCCCCCAAGACCCCUCUCCGCACCCCAGCGUGACAGACCACGACGGGGAGGUCCGGGAGGAGCCCCACCACCCUGGGAGCCCCGCUGUGGCCCGGCCCGCGCCGCCCCCCAGCCGCCCCGCCACCCCCACCUUCCCGCGGGACCGGAGCCCCGCGCGCGGCUUCCGGCCCGCGGCGGCCCAGGAGGACCCAAUCGCCCGCGCCGCACCGUCCAGGCUGUCCCCGCCCCGCCGAGGCUCCUCCGACCCGCCCCCGGGCCCCCCGCUGGCCAGGGGCUGGAAGGACGGCCCGGCCUCCCACGUGCCCCCUCGGACCCCCUCGUCCAGGACCGAGGCCCCCAACGGGGAGGACCCAACGGGGGAGGACCGGGGUGCCCAGGGCGCCGCGCGGCAGGCCGAGGCCUCCGCCCCGGCCCUGCGGGCCCGGCCGGCCGCGGGCCCCGCGAGUCCGCCCAGGAAUAAACCCUUCCCCGCCGGUGGCCGGGCGCAGGCCUGGUUCGGUGGCGGCCGCGGGCCGAGGUUGCUGCCCGGGAGCACCCCGCCUUCCCCGGGGGCCUCCAGCGCCGCCUCCGGCAUCCCCGGGAACCAGGACGGCGAGAAGCCACGAGCGUCAGGGGGUCGGGAGCCCCCGGGCCGGAGCCCCCAGAGGGGAGCCAGCCCGGACUCCGAAGCCGCCGGCGCGGGCGGGCGGCCCCAUGACAAGUCCGAGGCCCAGGACGUCCGGGGGAGCCCCGACGUGGCCCCCGAUCGCCCGCUGUUCCCCGCGCGCCCCCAGCCCGGGCCCCCUGUGCCCAGGAGGCUGGCCCCCGGCCGGCUCCCCGAAAGGCCGCCCCACCUGCCGCCUCCGUCGGCGCCCCUGCGCCCGCGCCCCUCGGUCCACGCCCCUCGGUCCACGCACGAGGACGCGGGCCGGUCACUAUCCCAGCCCGAGCUCUCGCUGGCCCACGCCAGGCGCCCGGCUCCCCGGGGCCGGGGCCCGGGCCGGGACUCCUCCGGGAGCAGCUCCGAGGACAGCAGCACGGAAGAGGAGGCCACAGAUGUGGGCGCCAUGGACGCCCUUAGGGCCCCGCCCAAGCCCCGCCCGGGCGCCCCUGUCCCUGGCCAGCGCCCCGCGCUGUCCACAUCCCCGCAGUCGGUCUCCACCGCCGAGGACGAGGGCCGCGAAGGGCCGAGGACAGGAGGAAGGGCGAGCGCCCCGCGCGCGCCCGGGGACGGCGAGGUGGACGCCGCGCACGAAGAGGAGGACGCCCCUCGGGGAGAGCGAUCCCCUCCUGCAGGCAGCCCCCCGAGGGCCUCACCCCCGGCCCGCGUCCCUGCCACCCCCGGCCCCCCGCCAGGCCCGCGAUCCUGGCCGCAGCACACCACGCGCGCCCCCGCCAGCUUCUCGUCCACCACGCCCAUGCUGUCGCUGCGCCAGCGGAUGCAGCGCCGCUUCCGGACGCCGGUGGCACGCGCGCCCGCCAGGCUCGCCCACGCGCAAGGUUAUAAUGGCAGACCAAAUAUGGAAGAAAAUGUGUCUUCUGGCAGUAAUGGGAAACCGAAUGGACAAAGAAUUAUCAACGGCCCUCAUGGAACCAAGUGGGUGGUGGAUCUCGAUCGUGGGCUGGUAUUGAAUGCAGAAGGUAGAUACCUCCAAGAUUCACACGGCAAUCCCCUUCGGGUCAGACUGGGAGGAGAUGGCCGCACUAUUGUAGAUCUGGGAGGAACUCCUGUGGUGAGUCCCGAGGGUCUGCCCCUCUUUGGGCAGGGACGACAUGGCAAACCGCUGGCCAGUGCCCAGGAGAAGCCCAUCCUGAGCCUUGGAGGGAAGCCCCUGGUGGGCUUAGAGGUCAUCAGAACGACCACCCAUCCUCCCACCACAACCAUGAGGCCUACCACCACCACAACCACGAGGCCUACCACCACCACAACCACAAGGCCUACCACCUCCACAACCCACACGGUGACUACCACUACCACCACGAUGGCUGCCACCACCACCCGAAGGCCCACAACCACCACUCGGACCACCACCACCACCACCACGACCACCACCCCUGCGCCUCCCACUCCCACCCCUACGUGUCCCCCCGGGACCCUGGAGCAGCACGACGACCACGGCAACUUGAUACUAGACUCACAUGGGAUCCCCGAGUGCUACCCCGAAGAGGAUGAUUUCUCAGGCCUGGAGACAGACAUAACACCGACAGAAGAGGCUUAUGUUGUAUAUGAUGAAGAUUAUGAAUUUGAGACCACACAGCCACCAGCACCAGCCACCACCAUGCCCGCCACCACACCGCAGGUCAUCCAGGAGGAAGGCACCAUCAGCUCCUUCCCUGAGGAAGAAUUUGAUCUGGCAGGAAAGAAGCGGUUUGUUGCUCCAUAUGUGACAUACCUAAGUAAAGAUCCCUCGGCCCCCUGCUCUCUGACGGAUGCUCUGGAUCAUUUCCAAGUGGAGAGCCUGCAUGAAAUCAUUCCCAAUGAUCUGAGGAAGAACGACUUGCCUCCCCAGACAGCCCCUCGCAACAUCACCGUGGUCGCCAUGGAAGGCUGCCACUCGUUUGUCAUUGUAGACUGGGACAAAGCCACCCCCGGGGAUGUGGUCACAGGGUACCUGGUCUACAGUGCAUCCUAUGAAGACUUCAUUAGAAACAAGUGGUCCACUCAAACUUCAUCGGUCACCCAUUUGCCCAUUGAGAACCUGAAGCCAAACACAAGAUAUUACUUUAAAGUUCAAGCCAGAAAUCCUCAUGGCUAUGGACCAGUCAGUCCUUCGGUCUCAUUCGUUACUGAAUCAGACAAUCCUCUGCUCGUAGUGAGGCCCCCAGGUGGUGAGCCCAUCUGGAUUCCAUUUGCUUUCAAACACGACCCGGGCUACACAGACUGCCACGGUCGGCAAUAUGUGAAACGGACGUGGUAUAAAAAGUUUGUGGGAGUCGUUCUUUGCAAUUCACUGAGAUAUAAGAUCUACCUCAGUGACAACUUGAAAGACACAUUCUACAGCAUUGGAGAUAGCUGGGGAAGAGGGGAAGACCACUGCCAGUUUGUGGAUUCGCACCUUGAUGGACGCACAGGGCCUCAGUCCUAUAUAGAAGCGCUCCCUACCAUCCAAGGAUACUAUCGCCAGUAUCGCCAGGAGCCCGUCAGCUUUGGCCACAUUGGUUUUGGAACCCCCUACUACUAUGUGGGCUGGUAUGAGUGUGGGGUCUCCAUCCCAGGAAAGUGGUGACCACAGGACUGUCCGCUUCAGGUUCGCCCACACAGCCAUGUUGACUAUUUUGCACUUGGGGCCAUGAGCAGGGGAAAGACAGUGUCCCCAGCCCUGCUGGCCCCCAUCUCAGGAGUCCAUCCCACAGGUGCACUCUGGACAUCACGGACAUCUUCAGCCUAGAGCUCAGUCCCACUUGGUCUGGACUACAAACAAGAUUCAGUUUUGCUGAGAUAUUGCUUUUCCACAGUUUUUUUCCCUACAGUUCUUUUUGUCUGUUUGUUUGCAACUGCAUACGCUAGAGCCAUCUGACACCGGCUGCUGAUCCUGUGUGAAGACCAGAGUCUAGACACAGAAUCCCUACACUCCAGCAUCUUCAAGGAGCAGGAUGAGCAUGCAAGGCUUGCUUUAUUGAGCACUGUCUAUUUUUCUCAUUUUCAACUCCUCCAAAGUCAGCUGAACUUGAGCUUCAAUCUCAAACUCAAUCUUGGUAUGCAGUGGAAUUGAAUUUCUGAAAUCAUAGUCAAAGACACUACAGGACAUUAGACUAAAUGCAUCGGGUUUUAUUUGUAAAUUCUCAAUUUUGAUAUAUAUAUGUAUAUAUGCAUAUACAUAUCCACACUUCUCUGCAAGAAUACUGAU